CGCCUUUCGCUGCGUCACUUCCGGCUGCUGUCGAGCCCUCAUAACAUCCACUGGAGACGCGGCUGAGAACUAAGCGCUGCAUCUAUUGUCAGGACAUUUUCCCUCGCAAACACAAAACAUAAGCAUGUCGGACACGGAGACAAAACCAUCCAGCCAAGACGGGGGGGACAAGAAGGAUGGAGAGUACAUCAAGUUAAAAGUGAUUGGUCAGGACAGCAGUGAAAUCCACUUUAAGGUGAAGAUGACAACACAUCUAAAGAAGCUGAAAGAGUCUUACAGCCAGAGACAGGGCGUUCCGGCCAGCACGCUAAGGUUUCUCUUUGAAGGACAGAGAAUUGCAGACAACCAAACUCCAAAAGAGCUGGGCAUGGAGGACGAGGACGUCAUCGAGGUGUAUCAAGAACAGACUGGCGGACUUUGGAAUGAUUAAGCCUCCUGCGUUUUUAAAUCUUUUUUUUUCUUUUUCUUAUUUUGUAUUUUAUUUUGUAUGUAUGUACGUAUUUUUUUCAUUCCGUUUCAAACCAUCUGGAUCAAAAACGGACUCAACCAGGGCUUCCAUGUUGUUGUGAGGGGGGCGAGGUGAACGGGCCGAGGCGAGGCUGAGGACGGUGCCGAGCGGAGCGACAAAAUUCACAGACCAGCAUCUUUUUCUGUUUGUUGGUCUUCGACAACCACACCGUGUUGUACCAAACUGAAGGAACAGUUCACUCACAGCUGAACAUGUGCAGCUUCGUUUCAGCUCCCGAUUAAAAAAAAAAUAAAGAAUCAAAGUGGCUGUGCUGUUAAGGUCCACAGAGUUCAACUGUUGAUCUUUUAGAUCUUCAACUUUAGAAGCCGUUCUUGCAGAAAUGCAGAAUGACCAAAAUAGGACAAAUAACACGAAACAAAUAAAAAAAGACAAAAUUCUACAAAAAAAAUUGACAAAAAUACGAAAAAAAUUACAAAAGCAAGAAACAAACUGACAAAAAAAACCCCGACAACACAAGCGUCUCUGCAAUUUUUAUACUUUACAAAGUCGGGCCAGAUUGGACCGUCUGGAGGGCCGGUUUUGGCCCGCGGGCCUCAUGUUUGACACCCCUGCGGAAGCUGAAACGAAGCUCAUCAGCUGAUCUGGAGUUAACCUGUGAUGUCUGGUCUGUGGGUCUUUAUGUUUUCUUCACUGCUGAGUCAAACUGUCCCAUCUCAGUGCACAGGCGUCAAAAUGACAAGAAUUGAAAAUAUGUUUUAUUUUUUAUUAAUUAGAAUUUCAUUUCCUCAAACAUGGCAGACAUUUUUGAUGAUCAAGUGCUCAAAAAUGACGGGAAGAAGCAUCGAUUUCUGUCAAACUGCUCCCAGAUGCAGAUUUCUGGAUGCACUCUUCCUUCAAUCCAGUUCUUUUUUCAUUAUACUUUGAAAACCAAGUUAGACGACAGAGCUGGAGUUAUUUGUCUUGUGUGUUUGGUCUGGGGCAUUUAGCGGCUGUGGGUUCUUAAAACAGCCGGAUCGAGCUCUUUGGAACCUGAAACCGUGGCAGGAAAAGCAGCGCGUCGACAUUCAUGUCUGUAGAUUUGAAUAAUUAGCAUUUUCUGCCUCUGUACUGCGCCCUCAUGAAAGUGUAAAAUCCUGAUGAUAACUGACCGUCUUUGGUGACAUUUGAGGCAUUUUUUUUUAAAGAUAAUAAUUGUGCUUUACUUGUAUAUGUUGUAUUCAGUAUUAGAGUGUUUGAAUGAUAUGCCUUGUUCUCUCCAGUGUCGUCUUUUAUUUAUACUCGAGGGUUUCAUUCUGUAACGAUAUAUCAAAGUGUAAAACUCGUUCUAGGAACCCUUCGCUCUCUGACACUCACAUGGUGUUUUUUUAAACCUGUCGGAAGUCUUUCAGAUCGCUCGUUUUUUUAAAAAGCUUUUGUUUUUGGAAUGAAACUCUCGAUGUGUGUCCUGUACGAAGUUCCUCGAGGAGGUUGGGAUCAACACGUUUUUAUCUUGAAAUCGACUCCUGAAGGAGGAAAUAACCGCUGAAAGGGGAAACAGGAAGCAGACGGUUGUUUCUCUCUUCACAAACAUCAGGUCGAAGUGGAUUGUGAUCGAAUCGCACCUCUGGGACUCAAAAUCCAGCUCCUAAAGCAAACUUACAUGUUGGCAGGUGACAGCUGUCACUUCCCAGAGGUGCGCGCAAUAAAAUAAGAGAUUUUAAGACGUCUUUUGAAACGUUGCCUCAAUUGGAUUUCCUCAACCCGACCUCAGCGAGCAGCUCAGGUGGACGACUGUUCAUCACUGGAGGAACGUUGAUACAGAUGGUUUGAAAUUCUGGAGAUGAGGUUUUUGCUUUUUUUGAAUAAAAUAUUUAAGAAAAAAACGUGACUGGUGCUUCUUAUGGGAACGAAUGACACCUAAAUAUGUUCAGAUCCAACUAGGGCUGGACCCGAAUAUUUGGUAGUUUCUGAAUAUUAAUUUUGAGAUCUGAAUACCCGAUAUAUAUAUUUUUUUGUAUUUAUAUAAAUAAAAAUUGCUAUUUGGACCAGCCUUAGAUCCAGCAUGAGUUCAGUUUGAAUAUUGUACAAUUAUUAAAAUGGUAAUAAUUAAGUUACAUCUUAUACACUAGGGAUCAAUAGUUUCAGAACAUUGCAGUUUUUUCAGUUUUUUAUUGAAAUUUAAGCAGUUCAAGUCCAAUGAGUAGCUUGAAGUGGGACAAAGGAAAGUGGUAAACUGCCAGAGGUAAAAAAAAUAAAUAAAUAAAAAAAUUCUGAAAACCAUAAAAUAAUGUCCAUUUCAGAAUUAUCCAUAAAGGCCUUUUUCCAGGGAACAAGACGUGAACUUAAAGCUGUUCUGCAGCGAUGGAGGUUGAUCAAGCCUUGAAAGUUGGAGCUACCAAAUCCUACAGAUGUCCCAACUUUUCUAGAUUCCUUCCAACCCCUCUGUCUGCAUAAAGUAGUGCUGGAACACACUGUGGCUCCACACCCUCCAGAGUAUUAUAUGAACAGUGUUGUACUGCAGACAGCAGUGUGUUGCUAUUAAAACAGAGAGGAAAAGGCAGCCUCUAAAAACCUGCAGCAAGUUUAAAAAAUAAAAUCACCAUUAAAAUCACCAAAAUGACACAAUUUUUUAGAGCUACAAACUGUAAAAACAGAAAAAUUACGCGAAUUUUUAACUUUUAAGCAGCCUUUAAACUAAUAAUCUGUGACAUGUGACUCCAUCAGGAAAAUUAUCCAAAUCUAGACUUAAGCAUUAAAAUUUAGUCUGGUUUGUAACUCUAAAAGACCUCCGGUGAGUUUUUAAAAAUGUGUUUUCAUUUAAAAACAUCAAUUUGCACCAUAUUUUAGAGCUACAAACUGAAGAUUUUUGACAGCCUUUUAACUAAUCAGAAAAAUUAGGCAAAUCGAACAUCAAACAUGAGAAUCUCUAAAAGCCUCCAGCAGGUUAAAAUUGCAUAUUUUUACCAAUAGAAGAGAGACAGACCAUCAACACUUAAAAUGUAGGUCUGUCCUAUAGAGUGGAAAGACAAAGUGUCAGUCAGUCCAGUUUUCUUCACCAUCAAAAGGUUCAGAAACUGGAGGAAACUCUGACAGGAAGAGGUCUGGAAGACCCAAAGCCACAACCGAACCAGAAGACAAGUUCUUGAGAGUCAACAGCUUCAAGCACAGCUUCAUAAUGGUCUUAGUAGGAAGUCUCUGUUUCAACUGUGAACAGAAGACUUGGAGUUGCAGCAGAAAGCCAUUGCUCAAACGUCAAAGUAAGAAAAAGAGGCUUACCUGAGCCAUGAAACACCACCAAUGGACGACUGAAGACUAGAAGAAGGUAUUAUGGACUGAAAAAUCACAAUGUGAAAUCUUUGGUUCAUCACUAAUUUCUGUACGUCGUCGAGUAGAAGGGAUGGUUCCUCAGUGUGUAACGUCAGUGUCGUUCUUGUCACAGCUACAGCUUAAGGCUGUGGGCUGUGGUAGUGCUUCCUGUUCUCUCUCUCCUAGGUGUGUUCUAGGUGAAGCUGGCAGCAGGUGUGCUGCAUUGUAACCAGCAGACGAGCUGCAGGUGGAUCUGAGUGACUGGUCUCUGGGCGUCUCCAUAAAAGCAGAUGGCAGCCGUCAUUCGAAGCUGGACCGUCGUCUAAUCUCCAGUUAGUGCUGGGAGUAGAACUGUCUUUGCCACCAGCCUAGAAUUGCCAGUAAUUCUGUUUUCUGUGUUCAGAAAGCUGAUUCCUGCCUGCUGAGUUGCCUGGGUUCCUUCGUCUGCUGGUUUUCCGUCCAACCACGGAUUCUGGCUUCUUCUCCGGAGGAUCUCCACCUGUCGCCAGCUUAACCUGGGAACAUCAACGUACACCUGGAAAGAGGACUUUCUCUGGAAACACCUACCACGACCGGGUUCUACUGAUACCAACUUACCAAGCACAUGGUGAACACCUGGAGGGAGAGUUCUGGAUGAAGUCAAACCAAAAGGACUGUUCUCAGCUCAUCAGUUAAGUCUCCAAGCCCUAGUAUCACCAGACUCUUUGUAUUGUUAAUACGUCGAAUUAAAUAAUCAGCGUUCUGUAUUUAACUUAAUGUAUUUUAUGCUCUGCAUAGGAUAGCUGUAGUCUGGGGUUUCAGCUCAUAAUUACUGGUAGUUUAGGCUGGGUUAGUUUAGUAUUUUCAGUUGUUUCCCUACCUUGGUGUUGCCAUACGUGGGUUAACCUUAGUUUCAGUUUCCAUGUUCAUGUAGUUAUUCCUCCGUACCUCUAGAUGGUUUUUGUUUUUUAGUUCUAGUAGUAGUUUAGUUCUUCUUUGUCUAAGAUACUAGUUCCGGUUCCUGUAUUGAGUUUCUUGUUGUGAAUAAAAACAUUUUAAAAUGUU